CCGCGAAUCAAGCGGUCUCUCCCUCUCUUUUGCAGUGUGUUAUCCAUUGGCUGGUUUUUCUCUAAUGAAUUUCUUGGAAAAGAUAAAGAUGAAAAAGACAGAGCCGGACCGCCUGCCGCCAGCAUUGCCGUUAUACUGGAUCGAGACGUCCAAAUCAGUUUCUCGGCAGUACCAGUUCCAACCCGAUGGUCAACUCUCCGUGAAGAUAGUAGAUGACGCUAGACCUGCUGCCCGCAGAGUGGUGGAAUCAUUUCUCAAUAAAUUCUUCCCUUCAGGAUAUCCGUAUAGUGUGAAUGAGGGAUAUCUCAGAUACACACAAUUCCGAGCACUACAACACUUCACCAGCGCCGCAUUGUCUGUAUUAUCAACUCAGUCAUUGCUAUUUGCUGCAGGAUUGAGACCUACUCCUGCGCAGGCAACUGCUGUGAGCUGGAUAUUAAAAGAUGGCAUGCAGCAUGUAGGAAAACUGAUAUGUAGCAAUUUGGGUGCAAGAAUGGACUCGGAGCCUAAACGUUGGAGAAUUCUUGCUGAUGUUCUCUAUGACUUGGGUACUGGAUUUGAGGUUCUUUCCCCCUUGUGUCCACAGUUAUUUCUUGAAAUGGCAAGCCUUGGCAAUUUUGCAAAGGGAAUGGCAGUGGUUGCUGCAAGAGCUACAAGAUUGCCAAUAUAUUCCUCCUUUGCCAAAGAAGGCAAUCUCAGUGAUCUUUUUGCAAAGGGUGAGGCAAUUUCCACUCUUUUUAAUGUUCUUGGAAUAGGAGCUGGAAUUCAGUUAGCAUCUACUGUAUGUUCAACAAUGCAGGGAAAGUUGUUAGUUGGACCUGUUCUUUCCGUCAUACAUAUUUAUAGUGUUUGCGAAGAAAUGCGAGCUGCUCCAGUAAACACUUUAAAUCCGCAGAGAACUGCAAUGUUAGUGGCAGAUUUUGUGAAGACAGGAAAGAUAUCUAGCCCUGCUGACCUUAGAUAUCGGGAAGAUCUAUUGUUUCCAGGAAGACUUAUUGAGGAUGCUGGAAAUGUCAAAGUUGGUAGUGCUUUGCACAUGGUAGUUAAGCCUUCAAAGCUGCAACAACUUAAAGAAAUAUUCCCGGAGGAGAGAUUUCUUCUAAGUUCUGGAUCUAGACAGACUGACCUGAUAUUGGAGCAUAAUGCUACAGCUGAAGAUGCAUUGCGAGGUUGGCUUGUUGCUGCUUUUACUGCAGACUUGGAGAAGUCUGUUGAUGAUACGAGUGCAAGUAUUCUAAGAGCAGCAUAUGAGAGGAUGGAUACUGUGUUUCGUCCAUUUCUGUCUGAGUUGCAGGCAAAAGGGUGGCAUACUGAUCGUUUUCUUGAUGGAACAGGAUGUCGUUUUGCAUUUUGAUAUUAUCUACUAUCAGUUAACCCUUUUUGAUUUUCUUGGAGAUAGAUUCUUUUAGUAAUGGAGCUUGACAGCCUCUAUAUAUUUUAGUUGACUUCCUUUCGUAUUCUACUUUUCCACGAGCUACUAGGAAUAGUUUGACAUAAAAAGAUAAGACAAAGUUUGUUUUUGCA